UUAACGAACCCCUCCUAAAAAGAACUUUCACCAUAUAGCAUCUAUUUAAAGCACAAGUUAAUUAGUUUUGCUAGGCUAAAAAAAUUGUGCAAGAAAAAUAAUUAAAGUCGAAGAAAUAUAUAGUAAGAGGGUAGAAUUAUAAUAAUUAAGAUGGUAGGCCAAGCUAUAGGAGUGCGGCUGUACAAACAAGAUCGCCAUGUAAUGAUCGAUAAUGGUAUAGUUCAAUUGACGAUAUCAAAUCCAGAGGGAAUUGUGACUGGCAUACGUUAUAAUGGCAUAGACAAUCUUCUUGAAGUUCUAAACAAUGAAUCUAAUCGAGGGUAUUGGGACGUGGUCUGGAACGAUACCCAUGGUGGAAAAUCUGGAAUAUUUGAAGUGAUUAAAGCAACAAAUUUUAGCAUCAUAAUAGAAACAGAAGAGCAAGUGGAGGUAUCAUUCUCGAGGCCAUGGGAUCCCACCCUCCAGGGCUUUGUUCCACUAAACAUCGAUAAAAGGUUUAUUUUGCUUCGUGGCUCAUCUGGUUUCUACUCCUAUGCGAUUUACGAGCAUGUUGGUUCGCCCGAUUGGCCAGCCUUUUCCAUUGGUGAGACCAGAAUAGCAUUCAAACUCCGGAAAGACAAGUUUCAGUACAUGGCUAUGGCUGACAAUAGGCAAAGAUCAAUGCCCCUGCCGGAUGAUCGAUUGCCGGGAAGAGGACAAGCACUUGCCUACCCAGAAGCAGUCCUACUCGUCAAUCCUAUUGAGCCUGAGCUUAAAGGAGAGGUUGAUGACAAGUACCAGUAUUCAUGUGAUAACAAGGAUAACAAGGUCCACGGAUGGGUAUCAACCAACCCUCCUCCACUUGUAGGCUUUUGGUUGAUCACGUCUAGCAAUGAGUUCCGAUCUGGCGGGCCCGUCAAACAAAACCUCACAUCCCAUGUGGGCCCUACUACCUUAGCAAUGUUUUUGAGCUCUCAUUACAGUGGUGAGGAGCUAACUCCAAAAUUUGAGAAAGGAGAGCCAUGGAAGAAAGUUUUUGGUCCGGUUUUUGUUUAUCUCAACGCGACAAUAAAAGUUGAUGAAGAUGCAUUCACACUUUGGGACGAUGCCAAAGAGCAGAUGAAGGUUGAAGUCCAAAGUUGGCCAUACAGUUUUCCAGCUUCGGAGGAUUACUUAUCGUCUAAUCAACGUGGGAAUAUCAGUGGCAAGCUAUUAGUUAGCGACAAGUAUAUCUCUAGUGAUCACAUUCCAGCUAAUGGCGCUUAUAUUGGCCUCGCUCCAACAGGAAAUGUUGGAUCCUGGCAAAGAGAAUGCAAGGACUAUCAAUUCUGGACCAUUGCAAAUGAGGAGGGUUAUUUCUGCAUCAACCAUAUACGCCCAGGAAACUACAACAUUUAUGCUUGGGUCCCUGGAUUUGUUGGAGAUUAUCGAAAUGAAUCAGUCAUAAACAUAACUUCAGGUUUUGUAGGCGAUAUGGGUGAAAUGGUUUAUGAGCCCCCAAGGGAUGGACCAACACUAUGGGAGAUAGGUAUUCCUGAUCGGAGUGCUGUUGAGUUCUAUAUUCCUAAUCCCAAUCCAAAGUAUAUUAACAAGCUUUAUGUCGACCAUCCAGAUAGAUUCAGGCAGUAUGGACUUUGGGAAAGGUAUUCAGAAUUGUAUCCGAAUGGAGACCUCGUAUACGUAGUAGGUGAGAGUGACUAUACAAAAGAUUGGUUUUAUGCCCAAGUCACAAGAAAAAAAGAGGACAAUACAUAUCAAGGAACAACAUGGCAAAUCAAAUUUAUACUUGACUUACAUCUUGAUGGCAUCUACAUGUUGCGUAUUGCAAUUGCAUCUGCAACAUACGCUGAGUUACAGGUUAGAGUUAAUAAUCCAAAUGCCAAUCCGCCUCUUUUUAGCAGCGGAUUAAUAGGGAAGGAUAACUCAAUUGCUAGGCAUGGAAUACAUGGGCUGUAUUGGCUAUAUAGUCUGAGUAUAGAUGGAAGUUUGCUUGUUGCGGGAGAAAAUACAAUUUUCUUAACUCAACCAAGGAGCCAAAGUCCAUUUAAUGGAAUCAUGUAUGAUUAUAUUCGUUUUGAAGCUCCUAUAGCUACCACCAUAAAUGUUGAAAUUGUAUGAGAUUUAUUUUCAUAAGAAGAAAAUGUCAUAGUGCCCCUCAAUAACAUCACUUUCACUACUUUUAGGGAAUAGUUUAUCUAAACCAAUUGACAAAAGCAUUUGUGUGUGAUAUUUUUUCAUGUAAAUAAACUACUUCCU